AUGUCAUCCUCAUCGUCAGAUGGCGUAGAUGAAGCUGUUGAAGAAUGGUUCGACGAAGAAUUUGAUAAUCUCGUCGACUCCCUAGUUAAUGAUCAAGCAAAAAAACCAAAGAGACGGGCUUACUACGAAAGACAUCGGGAAGAAGGACACAAUCAACUAUGGAAUGACUAUUUCAGGGAACAUGCUACAUACCCACCGGAAAUGUUUAGAAGACGUUUUCGAAUGCACAAGCCAUUGUUCCUUCGCAUUGUGGAUGCUUUAAGAAAUGAAGUUCCAUACUUUCACCAAAGAAGAAAUGCUCACGGAAGAUACGGCCUAUCUACACUGCAAAAGUGUACAGCAGCUAUACGUAUGCUGGCAUAUGGUCAAUCAGGAGAUACAUAUGACGAAUAUCUCCGACUAGGUGAAAGUACUGCACUUUUAUGUUUGGACAAUUUCACUAAUGCGAUAAUACAAUUGUUUGGCCAUGAGUAUCUAAGAAGACCUACAGCUGAUGAUCUUCAACGACUACUGGAUAUUGGAGAGUUACGCGGGUUCCCAGGAAUGGUAGGCAGCAUCGACUGUAUGCAUUGGGAGUGGAAAAAUUGUCCAACAGCUUGGAGAGGACAGUACACACGUGGUUCAGGAAAGCCGACAAUUAUCUUAGAGGCGGUGGCAUCACAAGAUCUAUGGAUAUGGCACGCAUUUUUCGGACUUCCAGGUACCCUCAACGAUAUUAAUGUUCUUGAUCGGUCACCAGUUUUUGAUGACAUUAUACAAGGUCGGGCUCCUAAAGUAAAUUUCAAGGUCAACAACCACAAUUAUCGUAUGGCGUACUAUCUUAGCGACAGAAUUUAUCCGAAAUGGUCAACAUUUAUCCAAUCAAUCUCACUUCCUCAAACUCCAAAAGCACAGCUAUUUGCUCAACAUCAAGAAGCCGUAAGAAAAGAUGUCGAACGUGCUUUCGGAGUAUUGCAAGCGAGGUUUGCAAUAGUUAAAAACCCAGCACUACUAUGGGACAAGGAAAAGAUAGGAAGGAUUAUGAGAUGUUGUGUCAUACUGCACAACAUGAUAGUAGAGGACGAACGCGACAGAUUCACUCAGUAUGAUACAAAUGAAUUCGAAUCAGGAGAGUCAAGCAGAAGUUCCCAGGUUGAUGUCGUCUCCUCUACGGAAAGCCUUUCUAAUGUCGAUGAAAUGCGUGGGAUUCGCAAUCAAAUUCGGGAUCAACAGAUACAUCAUCGCUUGAAAGCUGAUUUAGUUGAAAAUAUAUGGCAAAAAUUUGGUAAUCUUGAUGAAUAA